GGAAGCAUGUCACUCGCAAUGGCGAUAAGCGAGCCGGACACCACUUGCCAUUUGCUGUCAAUACUUUCUGACCCGGAUAUGGAGAGCAACACGGUAUAAUAAAUAUCGCAAAUAUACUCACCACUGGCAGUUGUGCGAAAGGACAAGCUAUGAAGUGCGUGGCGACGUUUGCAGCGCUACUGUGCGUGUUCCACCUAGGGGCUGCAUUAAACUCAUGGCAGCUCCCAGACGAUGCCAACCUUUGGUCAGCCAUCAAUGCCGAUCUGGACAUGGACUGGGUCGCCUUCAAGAAGUCGUACAACCGAACAUACAGCUCAAAUAGAGAAGAAAUGGAAAGGCGGAUCUAUUGGGAAGACGCGAUCAAAUUCAUCCAAGAGCACAACCUCCGUUUUGACAGGGGCGAGGAGACGUACUCCGUCGGGGAGAACGACUUUGCUGAUAUGGCUGAAGACGAGUUCCAGCGUAUAUAUCUUAGCGGCCUGGUCAUCCCACCUGAGGUGGAGCAGGAGCUGGAAGAGGAAGUGGUGGAUUACGAGGACGACAUGGACGACGACCUUCCUCUUGAGGUCGACUGGAGAAGCAAGGGCGCCGUCACUUCCGUGAAAAAUCAGGGCUCCUGUGGUUCGUGCUGGGCCUUCUCCGCCUUAGGAUCCCUCGAGUCCGCCGUCAAAAUCAAGACCGGAAAGACAGUAGAUCUCUCCGAACAGGAAUUGGUGGACUGCGCAUACCGGAGCUACGGGAAUUAUGGGUGUCGUGGCGGCUGGAUGAACAACGGUUUCAAAUACAUCGAGAAAAGGGGCGGCGUUGACUCUGAGAGCUGCUACCGCUACACAGGAAGGCGAUCGUACCGAUGUCAACACAAGAGUUCCUGUGUGGGCGCCCGGAUGGCAGGACACAGAAAUACGAGGCGAGGGUCUGAGAGUGACCUGGCCCGGACUUUGUCACAGCGUGGCCCCGUCGCAAUUGCCGCUGACGUCAGCAGCAGAGGUUUCAUGCAUUACAGAAGGGGCGUGUACUACAACCCCCGCUGUAACAAACGGCGAGUUAACCACGCUAUGGUUAAUGUAGGAUUCGGAGCUUCCAGCCGUGGGAAAUACUGGAUCAUCAAAAACAGUUGGGGACAACGCUGGGGUGAUCAGGGCUACAUUUUUAUGGCGAAAGACCGAGGCGACACGUGUGGACUCUCAAACUAUGCCAGCUACCCCGUGCUGUAACAAAGUGGCGACUUGCUAUAAACCAGUCCAGGAUUUCUCGGAAUAUCUUUAGUCCCUGAUGACAGAUUCAUUUUAAUUCCUCUUUUUUGUUUUUGCAAAGAUUUUUGUGAUACCUUGACAAUAAUCACGAUAAGCCUUUUUUAUGUAAAAUCAAGAUUAGGUUAGAAAUUUGGCUUAUUGUGUUAAUAAGCUUUACUGAAGUUUGUAACACAAGUAAUUUCGAGAAAUUGGGCCAGUAAAGUCAGUUAUAACCAUUUAUUAAGUCUCAAUAAAAACUAUUUAUUUAAAGCAAAAUAAUAAAUUAUGAUGUUCUAUCUGUGAUUAUCUUUCUCAAAUGUUUAGGCAAGUAUGUUUAGGCAUUAUAUUUUGUUAUUCUUCCCAAAUUUAUAUCAUUUCCGUCCUGUUUCGAGUGUGCCAUUUAAGUUUAUAAACUAUUUUUUAAGUCCCUCGAUUAACGAGUAUAGUGUUUUACAAACAGCGAAUUUAUCGAAAUAUAAGUUCACUCCUUCAUUCUUUUUUUGGUUAUUUUACUGUAAAACACGAACUUUAUCGCACAAAGUAAUGGAAGAAAAAAUAGUGAUGUAAUUACCGGUAUGACGUUAGAAGGCCAUUUUACAAAUUAGUAUCAAUUUAUUUUUGACUUUAGUGUAUAAUUAUCACCACAUAAAACAAUAAAAUUGUGUCUGUAUAAGAUUGCAAUAUAUUUAACCUCGUGAACACAAACAGUGAAUACUUGACUCGUGGCAAAGCCACUCGUAAAAUGUAACCUGUCUUGGUCACUCUGAAAACAAACAAUGUUUCACUCUGUAUAUCUUGUCCAUAGUUGAUAUUUAUGUCAAACAGUUAUUUUGUUUGCAUGUAUACUGUAUCCUUACCAUAUUUGUACAGGGCUGAUGACCUUUGCAAUUCGAGAAUUUGUGCAACGACACAUUUUUCAUCAUUGUUUGCGUUGUCAUUGAUUAUGCUGCUGAUUUGUUAAUUAGAAAGCACGUGACAAGCACGUGACACGCUGUGAAUUACAGUUCACACGGCAUAUUACUUGAAUGCAAAGCCAAAUGUAAAUAGAUGAAGCCCUGUUAAUUAAGCAUAUUAUAUUUAUCUAUAUAAAAUACAAAAUAAAACAAACAAAAACAAGGAA